AUGAAGUCCGCAGUCGUCGCCACCGCUUUCGUCUCUGUCGCCCUCGCGGCAAACUCGACCACCAGCCCGCUCGUGCCGUCUGGCAUCUCUGACGGCUGCUCGACGUUCCUCACGAGCCUCAACACGGACGGCACGCUCACUUCGUGCCUGUCGUCGAUCAACAGCGCGACGUCGGCGUUCGGCCCGACCGCGACCUCCUCUGCCGACGCGAGCGCCGUCACGUCCGCCCUCGCGCAGCUGUGCUCGUCUACGUCGUGCCAGGCGAGCGACCUGCAGACUGCGCUGACGAACUUCCGUUCGGCUUGCUCGGCCGAGCUUGUGGGCGCGAGCACGAACAAGGACACGAUCGCGAUCUACGACUCGCUGUACAUGAUCAACCCGCUCAAGACGGCCCUGUGCGCAAAGUCGGACAACGCCUACUGCGUGACCUCCCUCUCCACCUCGUCCUCAAACUCAAAGCGCGACGCCACCCUCGCCCCCCUCGUCAAGCGCGACUCCCAGGUCGUCCUCAAGCCCAACACUGACACCUACAACUCCCAGAACGUCGCCUUCGUCCGCCUCUCGGCCUCAGACUCGAGCGACGUCCUCUGCGGCGACUGCUCCAAGCAGGUCCAGGAGGCCUGGAUCGACGCCCUCAACUCCCAGAGCUACGCGCCCGGCAUCGCCAACUCGGUCAUGUUCUCCGGCCAGCCCGCGCUCUACAACGCCACCACCACCGCCUGCGGCACCGACUUCUUCUCCUCCGACUCGACCGUUAACAACGUCGGUGGCGGUCUCGCCGGCGGCGUCGUCUCCGCCAGCGGUGCGGCCCCCAACCACGCCGUCUCGGGCGCGGCUGGUGUUCUCGGCGCCCUCGUCCUCGCGGCGCUCUCGCUUUAA